AUGCAUGCGUCCUCCGCUCUCUCGCACGAGACGGCGGUGCUACUCCUGCUCGCACGUGAAGAGGCGCGCGGCGAGAAGAAAAAGGUAGUGGGCACGCCAUACGCGCACAACCAGAAGUGCAUACUCGUGGACACGCCGGCGUCCGAGGCCAGCCGUCGGAUCACGGCCUUCCUAGGCGGCCUCGACCUCGCUGCCGGCUGCUACGACACCCCGUCCCACAGGCUCUUCGGCGACCUGCACACCGUCUUCCGCGGUGACCUCCACAACCCCACCCUCGGCGACACCGAUGCGAACGACGGACCCCGGCAGCCAUGGCACGACAUGCAUUGUCGGAUCGACGGCGCCGCCGCGUACGAUGUCUUGGAGAACUUCGAGCAGCGGUGGCGGAAGGCGACCGCCAAGCACAAUCAUUGGAAGGACGACACCCUGAUCAAGCUGAAACGCAUCCCCUGGAUCCUCAGCCCCGCCGCCGGAGCCGCCGCCGACGCGCUGCGCGUCCUGCCGGAGGAUGACCACCGGUGCUGGCACGCGCAGGUCUUCCGGUCGGUAGACUCCGGAUCGGUGAAGGGGUUUCCGCGUUCCUGGGAGACGGAGGACAUGGCGGCACGGCACCUGCUCUGCGACAAGAGCCUGGCGGUGGAGCAGAGCAUCCACACGGCGUACGUAGCAGCGAUCCGCGCCGCCGACCGGUUCGUGUAUCUCGAGACCGAGCGGUUCGUGGGGUCGUCGUACGCGUGGCCGCCGUCGUGCAGGCACCCGGGCGCUGGCAACCUGGUGCCGAUGGAGAUCGCGUUGAAGGUGGCGAGCAAGAUCAGUGCCGGCGAGGCGUUCGCUGCGUACGUGGUGCUGCCGAUGUGGCCGGCAGCGGAGGGCCCGCCGGGGUCGGCGCCGGCGCAAGAGGCCCUCUUCUGGCAGGCGCAAACGAUGCGGAUGAUGUACGAGGUGGUCGAGGAGGCGAUCACUGCGGCGGGGCUCGCUGGCAGAGCGCACCCGCAGGACUACCUCAACUUCUACUGCCUAGGCAACCGCGAACCGGCACCACCGCCGUUGCACGGAUGGACGUCGGAGACGGCGGCGGCGCUGGCGCGGAGGCACGGGCGGUUCAUGGUGUACGUGCACUCCAAGGGGAUGAUCGUGGACGACGAAUACGUGCUCCUCGGCUCCGCCAACGUCAACCAGCGGUCCCUCUCCGGCUCCCGUGACACAGAGAUCGCCGUCGGCGCACACCAGCCGCACCACACCGGCGCUGGGGGCCGGCGGCCGCACGGGCAGGUGCAUGCGUACAGGAUGUCACUGUGGGAGGAGCACCUGGGCGGGCUGACUCUCCCGGAGAUGGAGAUGCCGGAGUCGCCGGACUGCGUGCGGCUGGUGAACCGGGUGGCGCGGCAGAACUGGGAGAGAUACGUGUACGAGGGGGAGGAGGUGGAGAAGAUGCAGAUGCAGGGGUACCUUAUGAGGUACCCGGUGGAGGUGAGCGCCGACGGCAAGGUCGGGCCGCUGCCGGGACACGAGUUCUUCCCUGACGUUGGCGGCAAGGUCCUCGGCUCCACCAACAAGCUCCCCGAUCACCUCACCAUGUAGCAUUAUUCUACCGCCUUCUAGAUGACUACCUACUCGUCCCUUU